AACUUGUCUUACACCAUAACCAAACUGUAAAAUAAUAUUGUAACUCUAAAUUGGCACAUCCUAUGGUCAAUAAAGAAAAGGGGAGAAAUUGAUGAAAAAAAAACUGUCAGAUUCCAGAGCUAAGACCCCGCAACGGCCGCGAGAAUCGACGACAGCGCCAUCUGACUCUUCAUCGUCGCCUUUGCCCGCCUCGCAAGCUUCCGCCUCCUCCCCUCCCGCGCUUUCCCCCGAUUCUUCCACGAGCUUCCAGAUCGCGAAACCACCGUACCCCGCAGUCAGGCAGGCGAGGCGAGUCCCAACCUUACCCGCGCCGCGGGAUUCAUCGGAAUGGCGUACGUGGACCACGCCUUCUCCAUCACCGAGGACGACGACCUGGUCGGCGGCGCGGUGGGAGGCCCGCGUGGCGCGCCAGUCAAGGAAAUCGCCUUUGCCGCCGCGCUCCUCGCCUUCGGCGUCGUCGGUGUCGUCGCCGGAUCCUUCAUGGCCGCGCACCAAGUCGGCGGCGACCGCGCCCACGGCAUUUUCUUUGCAGUUCUGGGUGUGGUAAUGUUCAUCCCAGGGUUCUACUACACAAGAAUAGCAUAUUAUGCUUACAAAGGGUACAAGGGUUUCUCCUUUUCCAACAUACCUCCUAUUUGAAGAAGCAAUGAUACCCACGUGGUUCGAUUGGCUCAUCCAACUAUCCAAGGACAUAAUGUGGGCAAACAUGUUUUUACCUGUCUCAUUCUUUGUUUCUUUUAACCUUUGGCUAAAGUCUACAGCGUGGCAAGUAAUCUGUACAUAUAAACACCACCGUAAUGUGUCAUCACAACAUUAUGUUACCACGUGAAGUUGUUCAUUAUGAGAUAACGUUGACCUAUCAUGCUUGGUACUGAAUGUGGUCCUGUUUGUCUGAUAUCUGAAUUAACAGUUGCUGCUGAAGGAUUUUGUGAC